UUGCAAUCAAUAGUUAAGCCCUUUAUUUAUGAUUUUUGAAUAACUGAUAAUUUAUGUUGAAUUUGAAUGAAUGGAUAAAUAAAAUCCAAACACAAAACAAAAGCAAUGUUAACAUCAAAGACACGACCAGUGCUUACAAAAAGACAUAUACAGCUAAUCCAUACAAAUGGUAGUCACAGAUGUUUGACGGCUUCGGGUAAUGAUAUUAAAGCAAACAAAUUGAAGAGUCGACUGGACAGUGGUCCUCAAUUGGCCGACUUUAUCAGCGGACGGGUUGACGACACUAAUGAUGAUAACAACAAAUGGGAUGACUAUUCAGGAAAACUCAAGAGAGAUAAAGGAGAUAAUGAACGACUUCGUUUGCCUCCGUGGCUCAAGAAGGAGAUACCUAUUGGUCAUAAUUAUCAUCGAUUAAAACGGUCGUUACGAUCGUUGGGUUUGAAUACGGUAUGCGAAGAGGCCAAGUGUCCAAAUAUUGGCGAGUGUUGGGGCGGUGGUGAGCAUAGGACAGCUACGGCUACCAUCAUGUUGUUGGGCGAUACCUGUACUCGUGGCUGUCGGUUCUGUUCGGUAAAGACAGCGAAAAGUCCGCCGCCGCCCGACACUAACGAACCGUACAAUACUGCCAAAGCUAUUGCCGAUUGGGGUUUAGAUUAUGUUGUCCUGACAUCAGUUGAUAGAGACGACAUGACUGAUGGCGGUUCCAAUCAUUUUGCUGAGACUGUCAAACAAUUAAAACAACUGAAUGCCACUAUUUGUGUGGAGUGUCUGACACCUGAUUUCAGAGGCGAUACCGAAGCUAUAAAAACAGUGGCCACGUCUGGACUCGAUGUUUACGCACAUAAUAUUGAGGCCGUCGAAGAUUAUCAACGAUUUGUUCGCGAUCCAAGAGCUAACUAUAAACAAUCGAUGGAUGUCUUAAAAUAUGCUAAAUAUAUUACUAAACAACUAAAUGGCGAAUCAAUUAUUACAAAAACAUCGAUUAUGUUGGGCUUCGGUGAAACCGAUGAUCAGGUUAUGCGAACAAUGAAUGAUUUGAGAACAGCUGAUGUCGAUUGUGUAACAUUAGGACAAUACAUGCAACCGACUAAACGGCAUAUCAAAGUUGUCGAGUAUGUGACACCCGAAAAGUUCAAACAAUGGGAAGAAUACGGCCAGAAAUUGGGAUUCAUGUAUACGGCCAGCGCUCCACUCGUUCGGUCGUCAUAUAAGGCCGGAGAGUAUUUUAUUAAGAAUAUAUUAGACAAACGAAAACAAUUGGUAAAAGAUAGUCAAACCAAUCACCAGUUAUAACCAGAUUAUAAAGGAUUGUUAGUUUCGAUUACGGCAAUGGUUUCUCAAAUACAUAUAAAACAAAUACUCUUAAUAUGCAAUAUA